AUGGCACAUACGGCACCUCCUGACUACUAUGCGAUCCUAGAGGUCACCGAGACAGCAUCCCCCGAGCGCAUUCGGGAUGCAUACAAGCGGGCUGCUCUCAAGACGCAUCCGGACCGUGUACCAGCAGAUUCGCCAGAACGAGCCGAACGAACACGCAAGUUUCAACUCGUAAAUGAUGCAUACUACACACUUUCAGACCCGAAGAGGCGUGCUGAAUACGACACGCAACGAAGACUAUUUAACCGCGCUCCGUCGGAGGAUCCAUUUGCCCAAGCUGAUGAAGAAAUUCCCCAGCAUGGCGCAGGAGCUGGUUCGGCCGAUUUCUACUCUUGGGCAUGGGACUUCUUUACGAAGCAGAAAAACGGAAAUGGAGACAUGGGUGACCGUCAACAAACAGAAGACGCGCAGUUUGGCAAUGUCUUCGAGGAGAUGAUGAGAGAUGAAGGCAUGGCUGAAGGCGGCAACAAUCGGCCAACAAAGCAAUUCUGGAGCAUCAUUGGAGGAUUGAGCGGUGGAGCGCUUGGAUUCAUUCUAGCAAAUGUGCCUGGGCUGGUGGCUGGAGCAGUAGCUGGUAACCGCCUUGGAGCAGUCAGGGAUGCCAAGGGUAAAAGUGUCUACGCUGUUUUCCAGGAUCUACCCGUGGAUGCACGUACUCGCCUGCUUGCUCAGCUGGCAACAAGAGUCUUCAGCCAGGCCCUCUAG